AUGACCUCCGAAGUCGUCUCGCAAGCCUCCGCCAUCGCAGAAAAUGCGUGGGAAUCCCUCGUUGAGCGAAGCAUCAACGAAUGGAAUGCACCCAGUGGGAAUAUGCACGACUUCGCGAAAAGCUUCUUGCAGUCUUACACAAGCUUGGAUGAUUUCCUCCUCGGUCCAAGGGAGCUAUUACUUUUCUGGUUCUUCCAAAGAAGAGAAGCCUUUCUCUCGCAAAAGACAUUCACUAAAUGGGAUAGAAAUCGUCUCGAUGACUAUGUUCUUCUGCCCGCUAUAAACAACUUCGUCAUGCGGUCAGAGUGUUUCUUUGUCAGCCACUUCUGGACCACGAGCAACGAUCCAGACCCCAGCGGCGACAACCUGCGUCUCCACCAGAUGGGGCUUGGGCUUCAGAGCUGGUCGCACAUCUGGGUCGAUUGGAGUUGUCUGCCUCAACAUCCUCGGACUCAGGUAGAGGAGGCAUACUUCCUGCGAGGGCUCGAGACGAUGCCAGGUAUCAUUCGCAACUGCGGGUUUAUGUGGUUCUACCCGUCAUUUCAACCGCGACUAUGGAUUCUGUAUGAAAUCACCGAGUACACCUUGACGUGUGACAACGGAAUUGAAGAGACUGAAGACAACAAGGAGUUUGUAAAGCACAUUCGAGAAAUGGAGGAGACGGGAGUUCGAUCGGUGCUCAGCAAGUAUGGAUACAGAUGUAGCGACGAUCGGGACAAAGACUACUUGACCUCUUGUCUGGAAAUCCUCUGUUACCUGAGACGGUUUGGAAUUGACCUUGUGGAGUUUAGAAGACUAAUGUCCGACAUUUUGUGGUUCUCUUUCACGCCAGACAUAAUGUACCAGUCUCACCUUGGACUUGUGCAGAUUUGGAGGUUCGAGGGGGCGCUUGAGUUUCAAGGGAAGCGUUAUGAGUUCACGCCGUAUGCAAAAUGGGCAAGUUGUUCCACGGUAUCACCAAGUUGA